AUGAAGUUACUUGGCUGGAUGCAUAGGAAAUUUCGCCAGAAUAGUACUGAACCAUUCAAAGACUUGGUCAUUGGGCAGCCAUCACUUGAUGAUGAACAAAACUAUCAGAAACCAACCCUUGGGAUCAAACUUUCCAAACAAACCCAGAAAGGUCACAACCUUAGAAAAUCUUUUGCUGGUCUAGAAGCAACAACAGUCGAUGAAGACUAUGAGGGAGUAUCUAUGUGUGAUCUCUUCCCUGGCUUCCUGGCAAUUGGAACUCUUGGUUCAGAACAACUAUCUGACCCAUCAACACCAACAUUCGCCAUUUCUGUUGAGAGUAUAACUGAAAAAGAAGAUGAAGUCACUGAGAAUGAUCUGAAGCUCAUCAAUGAUGAGCUAGAGAAAGUGCUAGGGGCUGAAACCAAGGAUGAUAUUAGCCUUGAUUCAUCUAGGAGGACUAGUCAUGUUAGCACUGGAAGAAGUAGCCAUGUUAGUGCUGGAAGAAGUAGCCAUGGUAGCAUAAUAACACUCGGUGGAAAGCCAAUAGAAGGCACAGAACCAAAUGCAAAUGGAGCUACAACUUGUCCACUUCAGGGAUAUCUCUUUGGAACAGCUGUUGAACUAUCUGAAACAACUACAGCAGCCAAAAAAGAACAUAGGACAUCACUUGGAGAGCUGUUUCAGAGAAGCAAAUCAGCUGAGGAAAAUUUCUGUGGAAAAUAUGAAAAGGAUGACAAAAGAACUGAGAAGGAAGCAGACAAAUCUACCAUGAACCUGAUGAAAGAAAAGCUGAAAAGAAGAAUGUUCCAUGCUUGUUCAAAGAGUUCCACAUCAAUAAGUGGUGGGCCUAUUGAUUCUGCUUCAGCAGAGACAAAACUGAAUAAGAUUCUCCAUAUGUUCCGCAAAAAGGUUCACCCUGAAAGUUCAGCAGCUGCACAUAAGUCUGCUAAACACCAAAAGAAGAAGAAAAUAUCCACUGAUGGAGGCCAUAUCAAAGCGGACCUGGUGCAUCCAGAAGAUGAUUUAUUUGCCAACAGGGAGCAUUGGAUCAAAACAGAUGCAGAUUACUUAGUUCUAGAGCUCUGA